AUGAUUUUAGAAGCCAUCAACGACAAGAGCUUCAAAGUGCAAGCAGCGACCGUUUACCAGUAAGUAACAACUGUAAAAACCUACAAAGCCGCGAACAUAAUUCUGCGUGAUUGCUUUCCUUUUGCGGACCAAGUAACCUCUUCUGUUUGUAACAUUCGUAACAUAUAAAUGGAAACACCCUUUUUAAAAGGCAAACAUGAUGAAACGUUAGCUCAUCAUCCAUGAAACUGUAUUCUUACAUAAGUUGGAAAAGCAAUUGCUCCCCAACCUCUAAGGAGUACUAAGCUGAUGUUUUAAUAUUAUCACUACAAUUGUUAAAAACGUCAAGAUAUCUUGAACAAUUAUCGAAGAGCUUUGGCCAUAUAUUUCCCUGCGAUCCUAUUGAUCAUAUGGACACUAGCCUUAAGGAGAGCAAUUGAAGCGACAUUCAUUAUGCUGCCUCCAAAGAAAUGGAAUUGGCCUUUGUCAUUAUCAACAACAACACCAAAUGCUUUAUUUGCAUGACCAUAAAGGAAUUACAGUACUACAAAAGCUAUUAGUCUAAAUUUAAGUACUAAUUCAAGUAAUUAGUACGUGCAAAACAUUACAAAACGUUACAGUUCUCAUUCAUUAAUUAAUUCAUUCAUUGAUAUUAAUUUGGUUCUUAAUUCAAAGCAUUGCGAGAUAAAUGAAACUAAUUGACAGUUAAAUAAUCAGAAGAAUUUAUAAGAAGAGAUAUUAAAGUAUCGUGUGAAAGUGAUUUGAAGUCAGGUAUUUUAGUUUCUAGUUUGGAGAAAAACAUGUCUCUGAUCUGAGAAUACGCCUUACAAUCUAUCAUUCAUUUGAACUAUGAUGACUCAUUUGCUUUGUUACAGAGCUUGGCCAGAGAUCACACGAGUCAACCAGAAAUGGGAGAGCGUUGUUAAAUCAUUGUUUGAUAUUCUGUCAGACGAGGAAAUUAUCUACAGCAAAGUCAAUCGGGGGCAAUGGCUUUUUGUUGAAGAUGCAAUUUUUAACCAGGUACCUGAAAGACAUCUUAAAGAGCUUCUUGAAAGUGUCUUGAUUGGAGCAAAUGUCCCAGUUGUCUCUGUACCCAGUCACGUGAUGGAUGCCAUUAGGUCUUUUACUGAUGCUAAGAAUAUCACCGCUAGUGUCACGAGAAAAGAAUUGAAGAAAUCUGCAGCUUGUUAUAAAAACCUUAUGAGGCAUGAAAAGCUGCAGCUUCUUCAGUUCUGUUUACAAGAUCACCAAUAUGAAGACCUUUGCGGCCUGGAGCUUUUACCUCUCUCCAAUGGCACAUUUACCACCUUUUCAGCCGUUGCCCACGAAAUCUACAUCAGCUCUCUUGAGCAUUCUCAAGAUCUUCUACCUGGCCUAGAGCACCGCUUCUUGGAUCAGAAGUUGGAUUCGGACAUCCUUCAAAAGCUGAAUUACGCAGCCAGACAAGGUAACACUGCUUGGAGACUCCUUUUUGUUGGCGACACCUAAGUAUAACCUUUCCCUUUAAUGAGGGAAAAUUUUUCACGAUUUAUCAUUAGUGCAAAAUUUCAUGCCCUCGUCAUCAGUCCCGCCUGACGAAAUUCUUGGCACUAAUUUUCUGGUUGCGAAUAGGAUUUAAGAAUACUUAGGCCCGUUUCAAACGUCAUGCUACUGCCGUGCCGAACUCAAUUGAUCGAAUUAAAUUCGACUUUAGCACGGCAAUAGCGCGACGUUUGAAACCAAGUCGUGCUACCGCUGUGCCGAACUCAGUUGAUAAAUUAUAAAUACAUUAGAAUACAUUAAAAAGUUUGUCAAACCGUUUCUUUAUUUUUGUGUUUUGUUUUCGGCAACAGCCGUUCUAUUCGACUGUAUUAAAUUCGACGGCUGAAACCAAGUCGUGCUAGUGUCGUGCUGCAGUCGAGCUACAGUCGAGCCAGCUUAGCACGGCAGCAGCACGACGUUUGAAACAGGCCUUAGUUAUCCCUUUGUGGCUCCUUUUCAUCCCGUUAAGCAAUGUAGAUAUUUGACAAUUUACGUUUGGAACUGAUUAGUCUCCUUGAUAACCGUANAACGUCAUGCUACUGCCGUGCCGAACUCAAUUGAUCGAAUUAAAUUCGACUUUAGCACGGCAAUAGCGCGACGUUUGAAACCAAGUCGUGCUACCGCUGUGCCGAACUCAGUUGAUAAAUUAUAAAUACAUUAGAAUACAUUAAAAAGUUUGUCAAACCGUUUCUUUAUUUUUGUGUUUUGUUUUCGGCAACAGCCGUUCUAUUCGACUGUAUUAAAUUCGACGGCUGAAACCAAGUCGUGCUAGUGUCGUGCUGCAGUCGAGCUACAGUCGAGCCAGCUUAGCACGGCAGCAGCACGACGUUUGAAACAGGCCUUAGUUAUCCCUUUGCGGCUCCUUUUCAUCCCGUUAAGCAAUGUAGAUAUUUGACAAUUUACGUUUGGAACUGAUUAGUCUCCUUGAUAACCGUACUAGGUUUUAGUCCAGAUGAUUGAUCCAAUGUGUAUCCAGCUAUCAGUACCAAUGUGGUUGUUAACGACGCCAUGAUAUUAUCUUUUAGUUGGGUAUUUUUUGGUUUUUUUGUUAAUAUCCUUCCUUCAAAUAAUUCAGAAUCUAUAUUUUGUUAAUAACCAUCUUACUUCAGAAGGAGUACCUGAAAACAGUAGACAAUUUUAACAGCGACAGGAGCCCCCUCUUUACGCUAAUGAUUUACUUUCAUAGAAAGCACCCAGGUACGACUUCUAUCUGAGAACGAAGUGGUGGUUCUUCUUAAAGAAUCCCUCCCUUCCGACUGGAGUCAAGGAAAAACUGUUUUGUGGUACCCUGAAGACAAAAAGCACAACCAUCCCCCAAGAGAGUGGAUCGAGCUCAUUUGGAGAUACGUUCUUGACCAUUUCCCUACUAGAGAGAGGCUGCACCGACUUCAGAACUUUUCCUUAAUUCCAGUCAGCAUUGAACAGACAGUUGUUACUUUGAAGCCACUUACUCAGCCUUCCACAGUCGUGAUUAAAAGCCUGGGUGGGGAUAUCAUUGAUGAUGCUCUGAUACAUGUCUUGACAAAGAUGGGCGGGGUUGUCUUGACUGAUUGUCCGGACUUUAUACUUGAUCACCCCUCUGUCGUGGAUACCUUUGUGCAUCGUCCUAAUGUCCAAGGCAUUUUCAAGACGAUAGUGAAGUUAGCGUCCAUGUUCACCAUUAAAAAGUUGUCCGAAGUCGUGAGAGGGCUUUCUCCCGGAGAGAAGCGAAGUUUGAGAUCAUUCCUUGCUAAUCUCAAACCAGUGCAACUUGGAAAAAAAGAAAGCAAUCUCGUGUGCUCUCUUCCGAUUUUUGAGACGUUCUCCAAAACGUUUGUGUCCAAAAAUGAAGGUCUGUCAGCAGCGCUUAUCGAAUCUCUCCCCAUUCAACCACGACGAGAACUCAUUGACAUUUCUGAAGAAGAAUCUAGGAGUUUAGCUCUUCUUCUUAAAGUCCGGAUUCUUAAACCCACAGAAGUGCUUUGCGAAAUAGUAUUUCCUGACAUCCAAAGCGGCAAGUAUGAUGGAGAGCAGAUUGAUAAGUUAAUGCCCUAUGUGCUCACGAAUUUUGCACACGUCAUUCGUUCUGAUGCUCAGUUCAAGCAAAAUAUACAAGCGCUGCCAUUUUUGCCAAAGGCAAAGCAGAGCAAGCGAGUGAAGGGGUCGGAUGUCUUUGAUCCCAGAAAUGAGAACCUUAGGAAAUUAUUUGCCAGCGAAAAUGUUUUUCCCGUCGACCGGUUGUACAACGACUCCAUCGUCCUAAAUGUUUUGGAAGAAGUUGGAAUGAAAAGCGAAUCCGACGUCACUGCGAAAGAUCUUCUGCGAAGCGCUAAAAAAGUUAGCGUGCUUUCAGACCCUUCGAAAGCAAGAGAGAAGUCUCAUGCAAUUUUGCAACAUCUUGAACGUCAUCCGCAAAAACUUAAGAGCAAAAUUGAUGGGCAAGAGCUGGGAUCGCGACUGAUGAAAAUCCAAUGGGUGCCAAACUUGCGCCAGAAAACAUCAAACUUUCCACCUUCACUCCAAUGGUUUGAAACAGGCGAAGAAGGAGGGAGACACUUUUUCAAGCCGCCCGAACUGAAGAGCCAGCAGGUUAUCAAUAUCAUCGGAUCUGUAAAACCUGUCGUCGCCUUUGAGCCGUCGAGUGAAAUUGCUGGUCAUUUUGGCUGGCUUAAGAAACCAGAAGUCUUGGACGUUGCUAAGCAUUUGCAGAAUGUAGUUAGGCGUUACACGGGUGAUGAGAAGGCAUACUAUAUGGUUUUGGUAAAUGACAUCUAUGAGUUUUUGAGCUGUGCAGACGAUGCUGAGGUCACAGAGGUGCUAAGUAACUCGCAUUUCGGCUGGGUAUGGAAUGGAGAUGGCUUUUCCUCGCCAAGCCACGUGCUUUUCAGUAAGCCAGCAAUUGACUUAACACCCUUCAUUCGCCUUCUCCCUUCGGAGAUGAUGAAACACUCCCAGUUGUUCGACCUUUUUGGCAUGAGGACAAACAGUGAUCCAUCUCUUUUAGUACUAGUACUUGGCUUGAUUAAAGAAAAGUAUGACGGUCAAAAUUCUCCUGUUAUCAACGCCUCGGAAGUACGACACGAUCUCCAGUUAUCAGUUGAUAUUUUGAACGAACUGGCAAGUGAUGAACUAUCGCCAGAGCUCCAAAGAGAGAUCCUUCUACCUGUCCGUGUCGAUGGCAACUUGUACGUCCGGCUUGAACCAGUCGAGCACUGCAUGUACACUGAACAAAAGGAAUGGAUGCAGAGUGAAAGCGAAGAUGGAGAGCAAAAAUACUAUUACGUGCAUCAUAAUGUACCUAACAACACUGCUGUACGUCUGGGUGUUAAAUCGUUAACACAUCGAAUGUUAGAUCCAGAUGAGCUUUCCAUUGGAGAAGAGUUUGGACAGGAGGAGAAGCUUACCACUCGAUUAAACCGACUUUUAGAAGACUACAAAGAUGGCCUUGCAGUGCUAAAAGUAGCAGCACGACGUUUGAAACAGGCCUUAGUUAUCCCUUUGCGGCUCCUUUUCAUCCCGUUAAGCAAUGUAGAUAUUUGACAAUUUACGUUUGGAACUGAUUAGUCUCCUUGAUAACCGUACUAGGUUUUAGUCCAGAUGAUUGAUCCAAUGUGUAUCCAGCUAUCAGUACCAAUGUGGUUGUUAACGACGCCAUGAUAUUAUCUUUUAGUUGGGUAUUUUUUGGUUUUUUUGUUAAUAUCCUUCCUUCAAAUAAUUCAGAAUCUAUAUUUUGUUAAUAACCAUCUUACUUCAGAAGGAGUACCUGAAAACAGUAGACAAUUUUAACAGCGACAGGAGCCCCCUCUUUACGCUAAUGAUUUACUUUCAUAGAAAGCACCCAGGUACGACUUCUAUCUGAGAACGAAGUGGUGGUUCUUCUUAAAGAAUCCCUCCCUUCCGACUGGAGUCAAGGAAAAACUGUUUUGUGGUACCCUGAAGACAAAAAGCACAACCAUCCCCCAAGAGAGUGGAUCGAGCUCAUUUGGAGAUACGUUCUUGACCAUUUCCCUACUAGAGAGAGGCUGCACCGACUUCAGAACUUUUCCUUAAUUCCAGUCAGCAUUGAACAGACAGUUGUUACUUUGAAGCCACUUACUCAGCCUUCCACAGUCGUGAUUAAAAGCCUGGGUGGGGAUAUCAUUGAUGAUGCUCUGAUACAUGUCUUGACAAAGAUGGGCGGGGUUGUCUUGACUGAUUGUCCGGACUUUAUACUUGAUCACCCCUCUGUCGUGGAUACCUUUGUGCAUCGUCCUAAUGUCCAAGGCAUUUUCAAGACGAUAGUGAAGUUAGCGUCCAUGUUCACCAUUAAAAAGUUGUCCGAAGUCGUGAGAGGGCUUUCUCCCGGAGAGAAGCGAAGUUUGAGAUCAUUCCUUGCUAAUCUCAAACCAGUGCAACUUGGAAAAAAAGAAAGCAAUCUCGUGUGCUCUCUUCCGAUUUUUGAGACGUUCUCCAAAACGUUUGUGUCCAAAAAUGAAGGUCUGUCAGCAGCGCUUAUCGAAUCUCUCCCCAUUCAACCACGACGAGAACUCAUUGACAUUUCUGAAGAAGAAUCUAGGAGUUUAGCUCUUCUUCUUAAAGUCCGGAUUCUUAAACCCACAGAAGUGCUUUGCGAAAUAGUAUUUCCUGACAUCCAAAGCGGCAAGUAUGAUGGAGAGCAGAUUGAUAAGUUAAUGCCCUAUGUGCUCACGAAUUUUGCACACGUCAUUCGUUCUGAUGCUCAGUUCAAGCAAAAUAUACAAGCGCUGCCAUUUUUGCCAAAGGCAAAGCAGAGCAAGCGAGUGAAGGGGUCGGAUGUCUUUGAUCCCAGAAAUGAGAACCUUAGGAAAUUAUUUGCCAGCGAAAAUGUUUUUCCCGUCGACCGGUUGUACAACGACUCCAUCGUCCUAAAUGUUUUGGAAGAAGUUGGAAUGAAAAGCGAAUCCGACGUCACUGCGAAAGAUCUUCUGCGAAGCGCUAAAAAAGUUAGCGUGCUUUCAGACCCUUCGAAAGCAAGAGAGAAGUCUCAUGCAAUUUUGCAACAUCUUGAACGUCAUCCGCAAAAACUUAAGAGCAAAAUUGAUGGGCAAGAGCUGGGAUCGCGACUGAUGAAAAUCCAAUGGGUGCCAAACUUGCGCCAGAAAACAUCAAACUUUCCACCUUCACUCCAAUGGUUUGAAACAGGCGAAGAAGGAGGGAGACACUUUUUCAAGCCGCCCGAACUGAAGAGCCAGCAGGUUAUCAAUAUCAUCGGAUCUGUAAAACCUGUCGUCGCCUUUGAGCCGUCGAGUGAAAUUGCUGGUCAUUUUGGCUGGCUUAAGAAACCAGAAGUCUUGGACGUUGCUAAGCAUUUGCAGAAUGUAGUUAGGCGUUACACGGGUGAUGAGAAGGCAUACUAUAUGGUUUUGGUAAAUGACAUCUAUGAGUUUUUGAGCUGUGCAGACGAUGCUGAGGUCACAGAGGUGCUAAGUAACUCGCAUUUCGGCUGGGUAUGGAAUGGAGAUGGCUUUUCCUCGCCAAGCCACGUGCUUUUCAGUAAGCCAGCAAUUGACUUAACACCCUUCAUUCGCCUUCUCCCUUCGGAGAUGAUGAAACACUCCCAGUUGUUCGACCUUUUUGGCAUGAGGACAAACAGUGAUCCAUCUCUUUUAGUACUAGUACUUGGCUUGAUUAAAGAAAAGUAUGACGGUCAAAAUUCUCCUGUUAUCAACGCCUCGGAAGUACGACACGAUCUCCAGUUAUCAGUUGAUAUUUUGAACGAACUGGCAAGUGAUGAACUAUCGCCAGAGCUCCAAAGAGAGAUCCUUCUACCUGUCCGUGUCGAUGGCAACUUGUACGUCCGGCUUGAACCAGUCGAGCACUGCAUGUACACUGAACAAAAGGAAUGGAUGCAGAGUGAAAGCGAAGAUGGAGAGCAAAAAUACUAUUACGUGCAUCAUAAUGUACCUAACAACACUGCUGUACGUCUGGGUGUUAAAUCGUUAACACAUCGAAUGUUAGAUCCAGAUGAGCUUUCCAUUGGAGAAGAGUUUGGACAGGAGGAGAAGCUUACCACUCGAUUAAACCGACUUUUAGAAGACUACAAAGAUGGCCUUGCAGUGCUAAAAGAGCUGGUACAAAACGCAGAUGAUGCUGGAGCCACUGAGGUUAAAUUCCUGUACGAUGAAAGAACCAACGAGGAUGCCAUGACCUGUCUCAUUGACGAUGGAAUGAAAAAAUGUCAAGGUGCUGCCCUCUGGGUGUACAACGAUGCAACGUUCAAAAGUGAGGACUUUGUUAACAUCACAAAACUUAAUGAAGCAACCAAAGUGCAUGACACCGCGAAGAUUGGUAGGUUCGGACUUGGCUUCAAUGCAGUGUACAACCUCACAGAUGUGCCGAUGUUUGUAAGUAAGAACUAUUUUGUCAUACUUGAUCCCAACACAUCUCACCUGGGAACUGCGAUCAAUAACAGAAAGCCAGGUAUGAAGAUUGAUCUCAACAAAGAUGUCAGAAAAUUGCAGACCUUUAGAAAUCAGUUCAAACCAUUCAAUGGCGUAUUUGGCUGUGAUUUAAGUCUUGCCAAAGACGACUACUCGUACAAUGGUACGCUGUUUAGAUUUCCAUUGAGGACAAGAGAACAAGCAGCAGUCAGUGAGAUCAGAGACAAGUGUUACGACGACCACGAAAUGAGGAAACUGUUAGAAAUGUUUAUCGAGAAAGCAAACACCGUUCUUCUUUUUACACAAAACGUAUUCCGUGUUGGAAUGUAUUUUUUACCAAAAUCUUCAGGGCAGAAUCUACAACCGUUGCUAAUGUUUCAGGUCAACAAAUCACUCGCGCAAGGAGGAAUACUGAGAGAAUUGUCUUUCCCUAUCGCACUACCAGACACUUCGCACAAACUGACUGCAGAACAGAAGAAGUUGAUGGUACAGUCUAAUUUCCUUCAAGCAUCAUCCAAGUUUAAAAGCCUUCCCGGGAGUAAAACAGCCAAACAAAGUGAAUUCCCUGAAUCAUCAAUUAUCAUUGAUGUGGAAUGCUUUUUAACCCAGUUUGGAGCUAGUUUUUUUCAAAAAGAGAAGCCCCCUGGAGGAAAACGUGAAAGCUGGUUGAUCGUAUCCUCAAUGGGGUGUGGAGACUCUUUGGAGUUUUCUGAAAGCGAUCCUAGCCUUCUUCCGUCCGGAGGCGUAGCUGCUCAGUUAUUUAGUUUGGACUGCAAGACCUUUCUGCCCACACCAGCAAAGAGUGGAACGGUUUUUUGCUAUCUUCCACUCCCGAUUCACAGUGGCCUGCCAGUUUGCAUAAAUGGUGCAUUUGCAGUAGAUUCUAAUAGGCGUCGUUUGCAGGGCAAACUUGAAGACGACAAAAUAUGCUAUGGCGAGGAAUGGAAUAAUGUUCUAAUGACUGAUUCCAUAUCUACUGCUUAUCUGUGCCUCCUUGAAGACCUUAAGGAAAUUGUCCCCAAAGACGGACGUUAUGUUUUCCAUUCACUGUGGCCAAGGGCUUUUGACGUAAGCGAACAGUGCUGGUCUAUUACAGAGUCUUUCUACAAGCAAAUUGCUAAUGGAGCUCAUGCUCUGUUUUCCAAUGGAGAAAAAUGGGUUGGCAUUACUCAAGUGGUUUUUCUCCAUCCGGACCUUCGCAUGGAUCCUAAAAUUGGAGAAAUUUCGUUUUCUGUGUUUUGUGACUUCCCUAAAGGAAAUGAUGUGGUGAUUGAUUUGCCAGCCGAAGUAUUCCAGUCUUUUGAACGUUGUGAUCUCCUAAAUGUGCUCAGAAGUAAAACAUACGACAAGUUUCGAUUUUUCCGUGAAGUUUUCUUUCCAAACAUUUCAAGUGUUACUUCAGAACAGCGGGAUGUUCUUGUGCUAUAUGCACUAAAUCAAAACAGCAAAACGUUGGACGACUUGAUAAUAAACAACGCUUGCGUUCCAGUGUCGCCUAAUGGAAAGAUGCUCAAGCGGCCGAGUCAGUUAGUGAAUCCCAAAAAAGAAGCUUCCUCCUUGUUUUUCCCAGGCGAUGGUAGGUUUCCCUUUGGCGACGAGAGUACAUUUCGCAACCCACAAGUGCUUGCCAAACUGGAGGUACUUGGAAUGAACUCACACGAUCUUCCUUGGGAGGAUAUUGCAGAAAGAGCAGAGAGUGUACAACGAGUUAAUUCAGUGGACAGUAAGGCGGCAGUGAAGCGUGCUAAGUUUUUGAUAGAAUUCGUACAAAAGAAGUUGAAGCUGAAAGAUAAAGGCUCCUCGGAAGGCGUCAUUUCUCGUAUUGUGAAAGCUGAGUUUCUCCCAGUACUAGAGAGGCCGAAAUCGUUUCCCCUUCGCUGGAAAAGCGAAGAAUAUCGAACAUAUCGAAGGCUUCUGGCAGCCCCAAGGGACGUUUUUCUUCCUUCCGACAAAUACUUGGUGUGUUGUACGGAGUUAGUUGUCGAUCUAGAAAUCCCCAAGAAGGUAACAGAAUUGCUAAGAUUACAUGAAAAAAGAGUUACUACAGAGCACGUGAUGAGACAACUAACUGAAGCCAUUUCCGCCAGCAUUGGUAAAAUGGAUCGUAAGAGUUUAGACGAAGUGAGACGCGUUUGCACAGAGGCUUAUUCUUUUCUACAAGAUAAUAUGGCCAACUGUACGCCCUCCGUUAAGGAAUUCCUGUCUACGAAACCGUUCAUUUUAAUUGAAAGGCGCUUUCUCGCCGCAGACGAGGUCGCCUUUGAGGUGAAGACCGACUGUUCCCCUUACCUUAAUAAACUUCCAGAAACUUUAUCCGAUUCUUACGCCAAACUCCUGAGAUUCAGUGGUGUUAGAAAGCAAUUCGAAGCGAAGGACUACAUUUCAGGUCUUCAAAAAAUAAAGCAAAAGUUUGCAGAGACACAACUCGAUGAGCAAACCUUGCAAGUGGCAGUCAAUAUGGCUAUCGAACUUGGGGAGACUGUGAAACAUUGUAAUGAGAAAUGGUAUGCCGGGGAGGAAAGCUCGAAUUAUAUUUAUCUUCCUGAUUCUGGAAGGAGAAUGCUUGCAGUGGCUGACCUUUGCUACAAGGAUUGUCCGUGGAUGCCUGAUGAUCCAGAGGAACAGUUCAUUCAUGAAAAAAUUCCCUGGUCGACCUGUAAACAACUGGGGGUUAAAACACGCCGAGAAGGGGCCUUGCAACAACACGAUAUUGGGUUUCCUUUUGGGCAAAAGGAAGAGCUCACAAAUCGAUUGAAACGGAUUUUGACAGGCUACCCAGGCGAGAAAGAAAUUUUAAAAGAGCUUCUUCAAAAUGCAGAUGAUGCACAAGCAACCGAAAUUUGCUUUAUCAAAGAUCCUAGACACCAUCCUGAUGAAAGAGUGUUCCAAGAGAGUUGGAAGCCUCUGCAAGGUCCUGCACUUUGUGUGUAUAACAACAGACCGUUUACCAAUGCGGAUAUUGAAGGAAUUUGUAACCUCGGAAAGGGCAGCAAAGGAGAAGAUCCCAACAAGACUGGUCAGUAUGGAGUUGGGUUUAAUGCUGUGUACCACUUGACUGAUGUGCCGUCAUUCAGGUCGAAGGGUGAAGAAAUUGGAGAUGUUUUCUGCGUGUUUGACCCCCACUGCAAGUAUGUUCCGUGUGCGAGUGAUGCAAAACCUGGAAGAAUGUACAAAGACAUCGAUAAGUUAAAGAAAAAGUUUCCAGAUGUUUUUCCCUGUUAUCUUGAGGAAUUGUUUCCCAUGAAGAAUGCAACCAUGUUUCGAUUUCCGCUUAAGUCUCGGGAAAUGGCUGAAGAAUCCAAAAUAUCAAAGAAACCUGUUUCCGUACAUCAACUUGAUGGAAUGAUGAAAGAUCUGAAGAUGGAGUUGUUUGAAGUUCUUCUGUUCGUUAACAAUGUGAGGAAGAUAAGCAUUGCAGAGAUAGACAGAAGUGCAAAAUUGGCAGGUAUCUACUCCGUAGAAGUUGUUAUGACUCAAGAAGAUGAGAGUAACAGGCAGCGUUUCGCUGAUUACAUGAAGCAAGUUGGAAAGCAAGCCAAACACAAAGAUUUCCUCCCUACAAGUAUACAGCCGAAAAAGUGCAUUUAUACCAUGACAAUUCGUGACAGCGUUGGUGAGGAGGAGACUUGGUUGAUUGUUCAACAGGUCGGCUUUGAUAAGCCUGUACAAAAGAGUAUCGAUGACGCCUUCAGAGACGAAAACCUUGGGAUGCUACCUCGGGGUGGUGUGGCUUGCCUCUUAAACAGCAGUAGGUCAGCUGGGCAACGAAACGGUAAAGAAGGCAAAGCGUACUGCUUUCUUCCACUACCCUUUAAAACCAAUUUGCCCGUUUAUAUCAAUGGUCACUUUGCUUUGGACCAUGAGGCCAGAAGAAAUUUGUGGCGGGAUGAAGCUGGUGGUUAUCGGAGUGACUGGAAUAACGCUUUGCUGCGUGAUGUUAUUACCUCCUGCUACCUCACUCUUCUGGACAAAGUACGCGGAUACAUUCAGCUGCCAGUUGGGCAGAAUGCUGCAGAUCAGUAUUCCACCUUUGGCAAGAGUGACAUCACGAAAAAGCUAACUUCCUAUGAAGGGCUUUUCCCCAGGUACCCCUUUGAAGAUUCACAUUGGAGGACGUUAGCUGAUUCCGUGUACCAAGAAAUGAGCAAGAAGGAGUUGCGCCUAAUUCCAGUAGUGAGAUCUUUGAAGCAUAUUUCAGAUGCUCGUGCUAAAAAUUUGAAAUCAGUAGUAAAAUGGUUUCCACCGCAAGGCAAAGGCAAGAACCAAGUAUUCUUCAACAAUCUCGGAAUCGAAGGCUGCUUUGCUGUACUUUCUCUGAAGCCAAAUGUUGAAGAGGAGGAAAGAAGAAAGAAAGAGGAAGCCCAGAUAAGGCGAAAACAGCAAUUCGAAGAAACGAUGCUACGAACUGGGUUUAAUUUAGUCGCACUAUCAAUCACCGUGUUCCGUUCGUUCAAAGAGGCGGAAGUAGAGGUUUACUGUCUAUGUCCUCUUGUUAUUAUGGACUUCUUUAAGUCGUUUAAUGAUGUUAACCCGCUUUGCAGUAUUGGCGAGAUUCCGUUUCCCAUUGACAAGACUCCAUUCAAAGACAAAGAGGCAGUAAUUGGCAUUCUAAAGUACUGCAAGGCUGAUGAAUGUUUUCUGGAGAAUCUCCCGGGUCUUCCAUUGCUACUCACACAAGAUAACUACUUACGCGUAUUUAGUGAGAAAGAACCUCGGUGUUUGAGUCAUUAUUACGAUAUUUUACCACAAUCUCCGUCGUUGUUUGUGCACAACAGAGUCCACUGCGAAGUUUUCAACAAUGUUGAUCUUAAAAAGACCCCUGUAUUCCGACCUCUGGAUGUGCAAAUACUCUCGUCAAAUUUGCACCUUGCGCUUCCCGGAUGUUUUUGUAGGGAGGAUCACUAUAUGAGGUGGUCUCCUGAAGAUCCAAAGUCUCCUUUGCCGAAUCGUCGCUGGAUUUACAGAGUCUGGACCUUUUUGGAGAGAUUUACCAGCGAAACAUUGAAAGAGUCAGAUGUAGCAGACGAAAACAAAAUUUCGUUCAUUCGUGACCUGCUCAAGCCGUUGUCUAAGUGGAACAUUCUUCCAGCGACAGAGAAAAGCCUGUCUGUAGAUCAUGUUUUAGUGCCUCUGAAAAUGGCGGAGUCGGUUCUUGAUUUUGGCGAUUGUGGUCAGUCAAGCAAGAAGUUGGUCGAGGCUUUGAGAUGUUUGACAUUACCUGAGCUUAACUCGGUUGUGAUGGCAUCCAGUAGCGUUGAUGCGUCAUCCUACACUAAUACGGAUUCAUACAAGUUCGCUCGUAAUAUUGUGGCGACAUUGAAGACACCUCAUUCGCUUUUAAAGGCACUGAAUCAGAAACUGAAGACGAAUCCUGCCUCCCUUAGUGGUAGACUAAAGAGCACUGAAGCUGAAAGCAUUCUUGGUUAUUUUAGCCGUAGUGUCAAGGAUUUAGUAGACGACGACAAAGAAACACUAAGGAAGCUUCCUUUCUUUCCAGUGGCGGGCGGAAGGCUUGGAGAAGUACAGGAUAGAGACGUCUUUGUCCUACCUGGUGAGAUCCCUAAGGACGAAAUGGAUGCUGUAGAAUCCAGAGUUGGCUGUUUGUUUCUAGAACCUCGUCAAAGUCUGUCAGACUUGUAUGAAUUCCUCGGAUUUCACAAGUUAUCGCCUGCGAAUGCAUAUCUAAAAUUCAUCUUGAAAUGUUUUCAGCAUCUUAGUUUAGGAGGAAAAUUGGCCCAUCUUCGAUAUCUUCGGGGUUUGGUUUUCUCGGCAAGUGUGCUGGGGAAAGAAAACGAAGAAAUUGAAAAGCAGCAACUGCUAGACUAUCUGAAAGUAGUUCCAUUCAUCCCAGCCGUGGAUGGAUCCUCGAAGACAGCGUCCAGUUUCUACGAUCCCCGGAAUGAAGUUUUCCGUACUAUGUUAUCGGCAGAAAGUUUUCCACCGAAAAUUUUCAACACUCACGAAUGGCUGCUCUUUUUGGAAAAGAUAGGCCUAAUUACAGAUGUUUCACAAGAGGAUUUUGUGAGGUUCGCUCUCCAAGUCGCAAAUGAAGCUGAAUCAGCUCGCACUGAAGAGACCUACAAGAAGUCCGAAGUUCUAGUGCAUAAUCUUAUCUCCUGGCCUAAUGUUGUAGAAAAAGGGCUCCUAACUCGUGUUCGUAGCAUUCCUUUUGUGGCGUCAGAGCCAGUAAAACAGUCCCUAGAAGCACUAUGUCCAGCAUUUGGGGAAAUGAGGAAUGGCAAAAUUCCAUUUAUUUCAUUUAGUGGUGCAGUACCAAUCGAUUAUCAAGAAAUUGUUUGGACCAAAGCGCAUUUGCUUCCAACUUGGGCGGAUCCAGGGUUUAAUUAUGGAGCCAUUGCGAGUGGGUGUCCUCAUCGAAAGACAGAUAAGUAUAUCAAAAGUUUCCUGGCCCAGCUCAACGUUAUGAAGGAGCCAACAAUUCGUCUUGUCAUCAGCCACUGUCAGACGGUAAGUGGCAUAAGAGAUCUCAGAGAUAAGAGCGCUUCAACAGUCACAAGGGUCAUGGAACGCAUUUACACAUUCCUGCAGCAAAAGGCAGCCAAUGAGCCUAAUAUGAACAUCCUGCUCCAGAGCACACGUUGUAUCUUGGUGGAGCAAGGGAAACGGUUCAUCCUUCCUAAACAAGCCGUCCUCGAGCUCUACGAGCAUCUCGAGAUAAAGCCAUUCUUGUACAGAGUGCCUCUUGAAUUUGGCAAGUUUCAGUCUCUUUUUAAGCUGCUGGGCUGCUCCAAAACUGUAAACUCUGGACACUACGCUAUGGUGUUAGAGCUUUUGCAGAAAAAGUGCCAAGAAGCAAAGUUACACCCAAACGAAGUCCAGAAGUGUUCAAAGGCGGUAAGAGGACUAUUUAACAGUUUGCAAGACGAUGAUGAAAGUGUGAAAACUCUCUCUAAAUUGUACCUACCAGCAGUGUCUCCAGAAUGCGGCUCUCCGAAAAAACCACUGGAAGCUACCGCUGUUACUUUGCGACAAUCAGAAGAGCUUAUUUUUGAUGACGCUCCCACCUAUGCCAGUCGGAUUCACGGUAUUGACCAGCUGUUCGUGCCUGACCUUAGCCUAAUGGAGGUGAGCUUAAAAUCAGCCAUGGCGAGCUUUAAAGAUCUCAUGAUGAAAUUGCCUGCCUCUUUACAACCACAAAUGUUAUCGUCGGUGGUGAAAGAGAAGCUCAUCUCCCCAGAGAGCCUAGAAGUGGUGUCAAUUGAGGCAGUAAACACACUGAAACGUCAGCUCACUUCUGUGCAGUUCGGGCAUGGAUUUGCGAGGAUCAUAAGAGACGUCAACUAUCAGAAGAAAGGCUUCGAUGAAGGAGUUAUAGCAGGUGUUGAAAGGGGACUCCGAAGCAUUGAGCUCUUAUCCGUAAAAGGCCUUAAAACAUCACUUUAUCAUAAUGGCAUCCUGAUCCCUGAGAGUGAGAAAUCAGUGAUAUAUUUCAAAGAGAGGUUGGAGCUACCUGGCAAGGAAACGUGGAGAGUUUACAUUAAUGCACUUACUGGAAUAGACGAAACCAUUUGGACACUGGUAACGAACAUAAUUGUGGAAAUGUACGGCGAAUUCCUCGGUAAGAAUUCCUAUGUCAUUACUGGUAUGUUACGUUGUCCUCCCUCGAGCAUCUGGUCUCUCUUAGACAAGAUGGGUAUAAGAAAAGAUGACAGUUACGGCGCAGCACAAAUGAAAAUCUAUCCAGAACCCGGAACCUAUAUUCCAGUUGAAGAUCAGCAUCUCUUGAAUGACGCUUUUGAAGAAUUUGAACCUGGAGAAUACGUAGGUUAUCAGCUGCAUGACCCAAGUCUACAACAGGAGGAUGGCACUGCAAUCUACAUCUACGCUAUAGUUAUUGAGGAGGUAUCAAACAAAGAUGCUGGGAUGUUGCUGAAAUUAUACAAAAUCGACAUUGGGCAUGACAAGGAGCCGGUUGUGGUCAGUGCUGCUCGCUUGCAUAAAUUUCACCGAUUAGAAGAUAUAUUUGACGAACAAGAAGGUUUACACAAAGAUAUAGACCAGGUGUGUAAAGAGAUCUCUGCCACUCUCGAGCUCGCAUGGGAACUACCAGAGGAGGAGAGAGAUCAAAUUGUCAAGCGUCUGUUUUUGCGUUGGUUUCCAAAGGAGGAUGUCCGUAAUUUGGAGUUGUUCGCAGCGGCUUUUCAGCACUUAAAGAGUGAGAUUUCCAGACUUGGUGAUUUUAACGAUUCCUUGUUUGCCUCAUGGGUAGCGCGUGCAAAAGAACGAAAUUUGCAGCGAAAAACCUACCGAGAAUGCUACCGCAAACAGUACGGUCCGUGGAAGCCUUCAUCGGGCCGUAGGUCUGGGUACAGUUUUCCUCCAAGUUUCUGUCCAAGAAACUCUCAACCAGGAGAGGCCAGGCGCUGGUUCAGACAAGCCGAAGCUGACCUUGAGGCUGGAUCCAGGGAAUUCUCCUUCGGCAGAGAUUCACAUGAGUGGGUUUGCUUUAAAUGCCACCAGGUAUCGUAUAUUACCCCUGCUGUAAUUGUUUAAGAAGGUUUAGAGAUGCUUUAGCAGCAAACAAACGCACUAACUUGUAGAAGAAUGUACGAGAAACGUCUGCACGAAUUACAGCCAUGUGCGGUAUGAAGUAUUUUCAGUUUAUUCUACAACCAACAAGUGCGUUUUUUUGCCGGGAAAUCACCAACAAGAAGUUCGUCUUUAACCCUCUUAACAUUUAAAUAGAUUGCACUGCAUGGCAAAGGCGACGGAUUAUAAAUGAACAGCAUGGAAAACAGCAGUAAAUGUUGAAAACAAUUCUUAUGUCAAAAUAUACGUAAUCGAGGCAAACUUUCAAAGGAAAUUUAUUACGAUCAUUGGUUAAGCUAAGGUUGACAAAGUUUUUUUCUUUUUUAAAUCAUACGUUAUAGGCUAGGCCAUUAGCACACUCCAAUCUAAUCGGCCAAUAAAUGAACUUCCAGAAUUUUUCACAGGGGACGCAAGUUUCAAUAUUAAAAGUGGAAAAAUCACGUGGGUGUGCAAUCCCAGGGUUUUUUAACGAUAAGUUCCUCCAAUACUAUUAGGGUGCUAUUUGACGCUUUGAGCGUAGUUUUACAUAAUUGUCCAUUGUAGCCCUAAUAAAACGGAUGAAAGAACCAUUUACUUAAAAUGGAUUAUGUAAAGUUUCAUUUGUGGCAAAGAAUCGUUCCUUCCUUGGAUCAUCAGGCAGCCCCAAACCAACAUAUUUAGUAUACCCAUUUAUAGAUCUUUUCAUCUACUAUCAUUUAAUUAUGUGUGGUUGUUUAUGUCUUUUCAGGCAGCGGAAAAGGCCCUUAAAGCCGUGCAAUAUAAAGUGGACGCAAACCAGAAGACCAAUGACCACAAUUUGUAUCAAAAUUGCUGUGAUUUUGAUGACCAUAAAUUAACCCAGUUAGCCGGUCAACUGGAAGGUCUUGNUUUUCAUCUACUAUCAUUUAAUUAUGUGUGGUUGUUUAUGUCUUUUCAGGCAGCGGAAAAGGCCCUUAAAGCCGUGCAAUAUAAAGUGGACGCAAACCAGAAGACCAAUGACCACAAUUUGUAUCAAAAUUGCUGUGAUUUUGAUGACCAUAAAUUAACCCAGUUAGCCGGUCAACUGGAAGGUCUUGUAGUUAAUUCAGCGCACAUGCGAUAUCCUGACACCAUGUCCUACCCCAAGAUACCAAAUGACGUGUAUACAGCACAAAAGGCAGAGAAGGCCCUGGAUUUAGCAAGAGACAUUCUAGAGAGAGUGAGAAGCAAAUUGUCUUAG